CACGACUCGGUGGCCGAUCGGCAACAUUGGGACCAAACGUAUGACUACAUAGUGGUGGGCGCGGGCUCUGCCGGCUCUGUAGUGGCCCAUAGACUGGUCGAUGAAUGCAAGACUAAAAUACUGCUUCUGGAGGCGGGCGGAGCCCAGAGUGUGGACACAGAUAUACCACAAAACGCCCGAUCGUUGCUCAACACAGAAUACAAUUGUCGUUACCAUACGGUUCCCCAGAAAUGGUUUACUCCGUACAGAGUGCCUGUGCCGAGGGGUAGGGGUAUAGGCGGGUCGUCCACCAUAAACAACAUGGUAUACAGUAGAGGCAAUCGUCAGGACUACGAUCGGUGGGUCACAGAGUUUGGCGCUUAUGGUUGGAGUUAUGAGGAAAUGUUGUCUUAUUUUGUUAAGUCCGAGAAUAACACCGAUAGUAGUGUUGUGGCCACAAAUACCAUUUUUCACGGCACAGGCGGUCCGGUUAAGGUGUUUACGGAUCCAAAUCCAGACCCACUUCUUCGUGUAUACAAUGAUGUACUCAACAGUGAGUUGGGUCUCCCGAACACCGAUAUCAAUGGUCCGAAUCAGUUGGGAGUGACAAUCGCCCAGUCAUUCAUCUACGAAGGCAUUCGCCAGAGCACUGGCAACGCAUACCUGACGCCCAACCCCUGGCCCGACAAACUACACAUUUUGACCAACGCUUAUGUGACCAGAGUUUUGUUUAGCGAAGUAAAGAAGAAAUGGACGGCAAUUGGUGUCGAAUUCUCGAGGAAUGGACGCACGUAUCACGUGAUGGCUAACAAAGAAGUUAUUCUCAGCGCUGGUACAUUUGGUUCGGCAAAGAUCUUAAUGUUGUCGGGCAUUGGACCGAGAGAUCACUUAACACAACUGGGAAUACCAGUGUUGGUGAACCUACCGGUGGGCGACUAUCUUCGAGACCAUCCGAGCGUUUCCAUACAUAUGACCGUCGAUGACAAGCGAUUGGAUGAAACGGGCGCUCAACUCACUGUUCAACAACUGUACGAAGAGCUGGUGUACGGGAGAGGACCGCUAUCGGUGCUGACCAACUCUGUGUACUUCUGGUCGACCCAAUCCAAUGCCGACAAAUGUUGGCCAAACACAUACACCUACUCAACGGUAGAAGUUUUGGUGCUUAAGAUCUUCUCAUAUCUGUCUAUCCAUGAAUUGAUUGGUUUGGAGAGAGUCAGCAAACAGUUCCAGUUUUGUGCCAAUUAUCUGUUCCGACAUCAGAAGACACUAUCAUUCAAACCCAAAGACGAUGUGAUUCCCAAAUCGUAUUCAUUUCCCUUACGAUAUCUCGAGACUCAUUUGGACGGAAAGUUGUGUCUUAUAUCAAACGCCCAAAGAAUCCUUUGGUUGUCACAAAAAUUACCAAACAUUGAGUAUUUGGGAAUCAGUCACUUCACCACCGAUUACAAGACACUCUACGAUAUUCUCAAAGCAUUUCAAUCCGUCAAAUGGUUAGAUAUAAGAGUUGGCAAUCAGUUCACUGGUCAACAGUAUCGCCAAUUGGGACAACUCUUAUCGGGAAGAGUCACUACUUUUAUGGCAAUUGAUUGUUACGAACACUCGAAGAAUAUGGAUAACAUGGUAGACAUGGUUCGAGAGUUGACACAAUUGACAAAAUUAGGCAUCCGUUUGAGAGCCAGGAAUACUGUCCGCGAGUUAUUUCGAUGUUUACCGCAAAGUAUUAGAUCAUUGCAAGUGAUCUCCAAUUUAGUAGAUCUAGAAAUGGCUGAAAUACUGGUCGCAAAUAAUGGCAAACAUUUGGAUUAUCUCUUUAUUUGCAAUUUGACGGCAGAAGCGCUACAACUCAUCGUCAAUAGUAUGGCAUUGAAUGAGUUUUCAUACGAUUUCCGUCGAGAAUCACACGAAUGGCAACGCUUUCAAUGUGUGGCACAAAAGCAGCCAAACCUUCGCACUCUUCGUCUGAUUGCCAACGAUUUUAAAGAUUACAAAUACACCACAAAUUUGAUACAAUUUUCAAACGUCAAAACAUUCGCUUUCUGUGUUUGCAAACCAAAAAUAGACUCAUUUAUAUCGCUAUUGAAGUGCUUCUCAGCGCUGGAAACACUUCGCUUAGACCACACGUCCAUUGAUUGUGAUCUUAAGGAAUACAAAUCCGCGGCCUUCUCGCCGAUAGCAAUGGAGGCGGCGGUUGUGUCGGCGUUAAUAAUGUUGGGCAUUACGGAGGCGUCGGCCACACGGAGGCCGCCGACAUGUUUGACCCGUAGGCGCUCGUCCACCACCACAUCGAGCCGAUGGGCGGCACCCAUACGACAC